AUGACCCAAUUAAUGGGGCAACUGCCGGCUCCCCGAGUCAUAGCGUCGUCACGCGCCUUCCUUCAUUGCGGCGUUGAUUACGCCGGUCCCAUGGACACCCGUGCGUCAGGAGGCAGAGGCAUCAAAACGAGAAAAUCAUAUGUAUCGUUGUUCGUAUGUCUGGCCACUCGCGCAAUUCAUUUGGAGUUGGUGUGUGAUUACACGUCAGCCGCCUUUUUAAAUGCUUACGGCCGUUUUUGCAGUAGGCGGGGGCUUCCAUCAGACAUUUAUUCGGACAACGGCACAACAUUUCAGGGCGCUGAAAGAGAGUUGAAACAAGCAUACGCGCAAGCUAUCUCAGAUCCGAAUGUUUUGAGCUAUGUCGCCUCGCAGUCAACGCAGUGGCAUUUCAUACCCCCUCACGCUCCCCACUUCGGAGGGUUGUGGGAGGCAGGGGUGAAGAGUGUAAAACACCAUUUACGGCGUGUUCUCGGCGCCCACACCCUUACGUAUGAGGAGUUCUCGACGGUCUUGUGUCGAGUGGAGGCUUGUCUCAAUUCCCGCCCAAUCGCCCCAUUAUCUGAUGCUCCCGACAGCCUGGAGGUAUUGACUCCUGGGCAUUUUUUGAUCGGCGCUCCUCUGACCUCUCCACCUGAGCCUUCCCUUCUUGCCCUUCAGGAAAAUCGGCUUUCCAGAUGGCAGCUCCUCCGUCAACUGAUCGAGCGCUUCUGGAAGCUUUGGCAGGACGAUUAUUUAAAUACGCUUAACCAACGAAAAAAAUGGACCAAACCCCAGCCUCAGAUAAAGCCGGGUCAGCUAGUCGUGAUUCAAAACCCCAUGCUCCCUCCUUGCAAGUGGGAAUUAGGACGCAUAACCCGCUGUCAUACAGGCUCUGACGGGUUGACUCGCGUGGUCUCCGUGAAAACUGCGUCUUCUGAAUACAAGCGUCCCAUUGCGAAACUAUGUUUGCUCCCGGUGGAGAUUGAGCCUUCAAGCAACCAGCCGACCUCGGAUUUCCAUCGAGCGCGGUCAAAUCUCGCAACGUCAAAGUUAAGUUAG